AUGGACUGGGUCCUUCUCGGCGCUGGGCGAUGGUGUAGCUCCAUCCUUGUGCUAACAGCGCUCGUCCUCGUCGCAACUGCUGUACUUCGGCGCUACUUCUCCGCGAUAUCAGACGUCCCAGGGCCGUUCUGGGCAUCCAUCACUCGGCUGUGGCAUAUCUAUUACAUUUACAAUGGCGACCACAAUACUCGCGUGAUGGAACUUCAUGAAAAACAUGGCCACUUUGUCAGGAUCGCGCCCAACGAGGUGAGCAUCAGUCAUCCUGAUGGACCAGACCUGCUGCUCCAGAAGCCUUUGCGCAAGGGAGACUGGUAUCGAGUUUUUACCAUACCGGAUUACACUUAUGCCACCCCGCAAUCUACCCUCGACCCCAAGGAAAAGAUGGAAAGGUCGAGGAUGUUUGCCCCGGGAUUUACUCUCUCAUAUCUGCUUCGUUCAGAAGCACACUUUGAUGUCAACAUGACUCACCUCUUUGACUGGAUGGAUAAAUAUGCAAAAACUCAUGAGCCCACGCAUCUAGACAAGUUUUUCUCGUAUGUUACCUUUGACAAUGCCGGUGAUGCUAUCUUUUCGCGUUCUUUUGGUUUCACCAAGGCAGGUCAAGACAUUGGUGGUUCCAUCGCAAACAGUCGAUCAUUGAACUGCUACAUGGCAAUUGCUGGUUAUCAUGUAUGGAUUCAUCGACUAUUUGUUGCGAACCCUAUCAUCACUUGGUCAGGGCUUCUCCCAAUGGGUCAUUUAUUCAAGACGUCCAUGGAAGCCCUGCGGCAGCGAAAGAAAGACCCAGACGCAAGAUUCGACAUUGUCGCACACUGGCUCAAGGCUCAUCAUGAACGACCAGAUUUGCUUAGUUAUCGCGACGUUGAAGCGCAGACAACUACUAGCAUAGCUGCAGCUUCGGAUACUCUAUCAUGUGCUCUGCAAUCCUUUGUUUACUUCAUGAUGAAACAUCCAAAUGUUUGGCAACGUGCGAAAAACGAAACAAAGACAGCAAUUAGCCUAGGCCGUUUACGGGAUCGUAUCGUCUCAUACCGUGAUUCUCGGAAGCUCCCGUACUUGGAAGCGUGUGUUUAUGAAAGUCUACGCAUGUUCGGACCUACUCCAUUCCAACUCUCCAGGGUCGCUCCAAAAGGCGGAAUCAACAUUGGAUCCAUGUACUUCCCGGAAGGAACAGUCUUGUCCAUUAAUCCACAGGUUCUACAGAAGAGCGAUGAUUGUUGGGGCCCAGAUGCAAACGAGUUUAGACCAGAGCGGUGGCUGCCAAACGGUUUUCAAAAGAAAUACAGACACUGGCUUGUGUUUGGGAUGGGAUACAAUAGAUGCCCGGGCGAGCACUUGGCUGAGAUACAAAUCUUCAAGAUAGCCGCGACAAUUGUACGAGACUACACUAUCAGAGCCGUUGACCCGCUGAGUGAAUGGAAAUGGAAGGCGUAUUUUACGACAGUCCCUCAUUCAUGGCCGGUUUAUAUUGAGAGGAAGUAA